AUGGCUGUGGCCGAGUUACAAGUCUUUCUUGCUGCAAAGAAAAACACUCGAGGAACAGCUGAUUCUCGGUUGGAGAUAUGCGGCGAUGUCCUGCGAACUGUGAUAAUCGCUGGGGCACCAAAGCUACGUCCUGCGACAGUUGCAGCUGUGUUGGAGCACAUCAUCCAGACACUUCCCAGACCAGGCGGUGGUUAUUACGAACCUCUUGCCCAUCACUAUCUCAAAGCCUUGACGAAACUUUUCGACCACCAGGCUAAUGUGGAGCACCUGAAGAGCGAAGUGUGGAUAGCAUCCGUGGACUUUUGCCUUUUCGGGAUUAACACGUACCUUGAGGAUCAUGAACGCCGCCCUGGGCCUACGUCGUCCCGGAGCAACUCUGGACAUGGGUCGAGCCAUCCGUCUAGCUCCGCCACCAAGAACAGUCAUAAUCGAGAAGGUUUCUUGACCAGACAGAAUGCCGAAGAUCUUCUCCAGGCACUGCACUUACUUGUGUCGGCUCCUAAUGCUCCUCUGGCCACAAGAUAUUCCGCGAUUGGCGCAAGUAUCACCAGAUUCCUCAGGACGUCAGGCGGCAGUGCAAGUCAACUGCACCAAGUAGCCUUUUCCACGUUGAAUUUUGUAUUGAGAUUUGCCCGGACUGAUCGAACCGCCUUUUGCAAAUCCACAGCUCAAGAUGUCAUCCCAGUAAUCUGCCGCUUCUGGCAAGGCAAAGCUUUAGCGAAGGAUGAAAUGCUGAAUUCCGUGCGUGAUGAGAUGUUAAUCUUCUUCUUUCUCGUCCAUCUUCAUAUCGAGCGUGUGAUCUUGGAUGGCAAUGCUUCCGAGCUUUUGUCCAAAUUGGAGGAGCUUUCCGAAGCACUCAAAUCGGAUUAUGCUCGACGUUCGGAUCGCGACCAGUUACAACUUGGCGAUGUGGCAAUGGCAGACUUUGGACAGUGUAUCAGUAGGAUGUCUUUUAGUCUUUACGCUUUCCAAUUGCGUCCGCACAAUGUCAAGGCUGAAAGAAACUGGUCCAUUCUCCGGGGCAUUGGCAUCAUCGAGCGACUUCUGAAUCUAGGCCAGCAAUCAUCGACAUUUGAAGAUAACGGAGAUGAGCAUAGCAGUAAACGACCUUCAAAACGGCGGUGUGUUAUACGCGCUACAGAUCGUCUGCUCGACCUCGUGACAGACAGGGACGAGAACACGAGAUUAGCAGGGCUUCAAUUGCUACCAUUCGUACUUCAUGAUUUUGAACUGUCCCAUCCGGUUUUGUCCGAGUUGCUGAUGCAAUUACACAAUUGUGCCGGCGACAAGCGUGGAAAUAUCACCUCCUGGGCUCUAUUAGCAAUUUCGAGUUGUACAGCACAACCUUCAGCAACUAAGAUCAAUCCUUCCGAAUGGGCUCAAGUUUGGCAGCUUGGAAUACGCUAUUUGACAUUCUCCGCUACAUGCCGUGCUGCUGCACUCGAACUUCACUCAAUAAUUGCCAGGGGCUUGGUACAAUACCACGAAAUCGGCGAGGACCUCAAUGCUAUUGUCACAUCUGCUGAUAUCAGUGGUCCAGUCAUACUUUGUGAUUCGAGCAUUUUCUUGAUGCUCGACAUCUUGCACGCUAGAGUAACAGAAGUUCCAGCUGCGAGUCUUUCUACUGCCCAGCAUGCCACUCGAUGGCUAUUUGCAAGAUGGAAUCCAGAUGAUGGCAAUUUUGCCACACGUUUGUCCACCCAGGUACAGCCUCAUCACGUCAUGGCCUUGAUCCGGGCUUGUCUUGGCUUGCCUCGCGUGAGUAUUCCUGCGAAUACUGCGAUACCUUGCGGGCCCCUAGGACAGGCAUGGCAGCACCAUCUGAAUACCCAGGAAGUAGUCAGAUAUCUCUUACUACUGACUGAAGAAGUGACCGAUGCGACAGCUUUACUUUGUCCCUCAUGCCCAAAGUAUGUGGACUCCAAGGACGUAGUCUAUCUCCUCAGCACCGCUCACUUUCAAACGGUGAGAAAGCUUGUACUUGAGCUGCUACAACCUAAAUCACGAGACGUUUUACAAAGCUGGAAGUCACAUGUCGCCGAUCGGGCUGCGUUGGUAUCUACGGAUAUGUUUCGGAGUCUGCUCUCCAGCUGUAUCACUGUUCUUCUAUUGAUGACAUAUUUUACUGAGAUCAAAAUACCUCAGAUGCAAGAACUUGAGACAGAUUUGGAGGGGAUAACUGAAGAAAUUACGAGCUUUCUUGCUGAGGCUGACUCCAAAGACUUGAAAGGCUCGCAACUUCAUAUGGAGAUCAUACUUCAAUCAAUCCAACCCCAUCUACCCCGCUGUGGAUCCAGUGAGCUUUCUGAUUUUUCAAGAAAUUCGCCACAUCUCUUGAGGUUCUUCAGCGUCCUAGCAGAUAUCCUGAUGCGGCGCCAGGCUACAACUGGAAGCUCAUCUUCCCAGCAUGAUGCGGAUACGAUGGAUAUUGAUGAUGACGACGUCGAUUUUGGAAUCCUAGAGCCGCACCCGAAGGCUGGAAGCCAACGAGAAGACUUGCCGAGAUGGGAUCUUGCCCUGGAACUAUGGGCUGGCUCGUUCCACCUCACAGUGACUGGACAUAUGAUGCUGAUUGCUGCGAUGGGUACGACCUUGGACUCUGUAGGUUUUGUACCGACUUCUUUCAUCGACUAUCUUGUUUUGCUCAACGAUGAGCAUUUCUUGUUGACUCGCCCGCUGCUUCAAAAAGUCCUUGCUUCUGAUCUAGUUAUUAUCGACGGAGAUGCCUACCGGUUAUUGGAGCGAGUUGGGGAGAUCCUGCAGAGCGAUGAUUAUGACCGAUGCGAGGUGGCUCUUGGCACUUGCCUGGAUGCUCUCACGGCUCUAGGUCCUCUGUGGUCCGUGGAAGAUGACAGUAGUGUCGCAGAAGCAGCUUCUCAGUUGUACCGAUGGUUCCUCAAGGUGCUUUCAAAACACGUCGUCUCACCAGAAGUGCAGAAAGGCAUGGUACGGCUGCUCCUCUACCUUAUGCGAGCUAACCCAGAUUACGGAGUCUCAUGGAAGAGAUCUACGUCUCCACGCUCAAAUCUCUUCAGCAUUCUAGAGGGAGGUAACGUUGUAGUCAAGUUUUAUAUUGGAAACCAAGUUUCGCAAAUUUUUGACUUAUUCAUUUUGAAGGACCAUGAUAGCGUCUUCGAGGAUAUCUUCACAAAGUUGCCAAUGGACCCAGAUUGGUCGGAAGGUAUUUCGUUCCGUCUUUUCGUUCUUGCUACAUUGGCAUCGCAAUGGUCAACUUUACUCCGUCGAUGCAUUUACUAUAUAUUUGAGGCUCCUGGAAAAAUGCCAAAUUGCAUUGAGCAUGCAACAACUUGCCUACGGACAGUUGCUUCUUCACUUCAUGUUGACGGACCGCGAGAUAUAUUCGCUUUGUUUGCGCCACAGCUUUUAUAUACCUGGUUAGACAAACAGAAGAUCGAGGACAUCCCGUUCGCAAUUUUCGGAUUUUCGAGCCUCCGAGAUCUAGUCAAAGACGCCCAAGAAGAAGCUACGGCGUUGAUGAUUAUGCGGGGACAAGAUGAACAGGCACAAGAAGUAGCGGAGAUACUUGGUACUGGUUACGGUGACCUCAUUCGAAACUGCUUCACCAAAAUCGUAGCCUAUUCUGUCCCCUACGACAUGGCUACUCCUCGUGCCGAUGGUGAACCUUGGACCAGUGGUGAGAAGAGAGUGAAAAUGCACAUUGGUGACAAUGUGUUUCGGGAGUGUCUACACCUCCAUUUUGCGGACAUUAUCGCUGUCAUGUUCAACAUCAUCAGUAGUGAACAGAGUGUUAAUAAAUAUUUCAUGAAAGAUGAAGCACUCGCAUACGCUGGCAACAUCAUGCGGCAGAUCAAGAAUUUAGGAAUGUCUUCAGCAGAGUUGCCUGCUCCUCAGCAACCACACUUCAAAGCUCGGUAUCUCCACGCCGAGAUAGUGCACUUAUGCAGACGGACAGGUCAUGAAGUCCAGGGUUUGUACACUCCCGCGUUGGUUGUGUCAAUUGCAAGAAAGCUUCUCAAUGGCAUGCACCCUGCCUUUGGUUCUCUCCACGCAUGUUCAGUGUUGAGAAAAAUUCGAGUCUUAAUAUCUUUGGCUGGAAAUACUGCAACUCAGGGUUACCCUUUGGAAAUGUUUCUUCACAGCAUGCGUCAAUUUGUCAAUGACCCGGAGUGUGCGGCCGAUGCUAUUGGCAUCGCAAUGUAUCUUAUGACCGCUGGCGCUGUGGACCUACGCCAAAAACCUACAUUUGUUGCUGGACUUGCGAUGUCCAUGUCCAGGUCCUUGCGAUCGGCAUUUGAGUCGCAAAAAGCUAGCACUACACAGGAGAGCCAACACCAAAGUACGAAGUCGAAAGCACAGAACUUCUACAAGUGGAUCAGCCAGUAUCUCAAAGACUACGAUUCUCCAGUCCUUAAAAGUCAAUUGCGACCUAGUUUUCAGAACCUGGUUCAAUCUGCGUUUAUAUCAGAAGGACUUGGGAAUGCGGAUAAGAAUUCGGCUGAGGGCAGAUUUUUGAUCCAGCUUUUCAAGGAUGAACAACGAGGUGGUGUAUUGUUGGAAAGACCUGCACGAGAGCUUGCCUUAUCGCUGUUGAGCUCCGAUUUUCAAAGCCCACAGUCGUUCCGUACAGAUAUCCUUGGAGACGAUACUCUGUCAAAGCAGUAUGCUGCAGUAGUCUGGAAAUCUUGCCGGGGCUCUGCAAACAGAGCAUAUCUCUCUUGGGCCGCGCGAGUGCUGGGAAGAGCUUUCGCUUCAUCAGGUCACAUACACGAAGAGUUAUUACAGGAAUCUACCUUGUCACAAAUAAAGGAAUUAUCGAUAACAGCAGAUGAGGACGGCGAAUCAAGGUCCUGCAUUGUCAGUCUCCUGCGAGAAUUGACACUGGCAAGAUCACCUCAGAAUGCUGGACUCGCAGAGUCUGCUUUGCGUGUCAUCAUGUCAACAUCUGACGGUGCUGGCUACCAGAGUCAUUUGCCGGAGUCGCUUCUUAUAGCAUCAAACUGGGCUCCGUAUCAUAUACCCCCGUCCGAGAUCGAGCAAGGCACCGGUGUUAUCAUGUCUUUGACGCAGGUUUUAAGAGCAGAGGCUAUCUUUGAGGCUAACUGGCUUCGAGAUCUGUCGAUUGCGGUUACUCAAUUUUUGCCCAACGAGCCCCUGCUUCAUUCUCUGGUUCCAAUUCUGCAAAAUGUACCAGGAUUUGCCGAUCAGGCGUUUCCGUUCAUUGUUCAUUUGGCCAUUUCCACGAAUUUCCAAGAUCAGCGUGCUCUCAAGGACGAUUUAUCUCAAGCUUUCGUCCAGUGGUUUGAUGGUGCUGCGGCCAUCAAGAAAAAUAAUCUGAGAAUGCUGCUCAACACGAUUCUAUAUCUUCGUACACAGCCGCUACCACAGGAAAAAUCCAUAGCCGAUCGGUCACAUUGGCUUAUGAUUGACUAUCUUAAAGCUGCCAUCGCUGCUACCCAGUGUGGUAUGUUCAAAACAGCAAUAUUAUUUGCGGAAGAACAUUGUUCAUUACCUGUGAGGGCGUCCCGAAGAUCAUCAGUAGUAAGGGACAAUGAGUUCGGCAACAUCCCCCAAGAGAUUCUCCUCAGCAUCUUUGAGAAUAUCGACGAUCCUGACAUGUACUAUGGUGUCCAACAGAAUGCCAGCUUGAAUGCUAUCUUAGCACGUUUUGACUAUGAGAAGGACGGACCAAAAAGCCUGGCAUUUCGAGGCGCCCAGUACGACAGUCAUAUCCGACGGCGAAAGGCAGACUCGAACCAGGAUGUACAAUCAUUAGUAAAGGCUCUAGAUGUACUCAAUUUGAGCGGUCUUUCGUCUUCACUGCUCCAGGCACAGCAGAGUGUCGGAAUGACUUCUGCGGCACUGGAUUCAAUGUUUCGCACAGCUCGAAAGCUUGAGCAAUGGGAUAUUCCUGUCCCAAGCACCGGGCUCAACGACUCUGUGACGAUAUACAAAGCUUUUCAGGCCGUUCACACAGCGGUCAGUGAAGCAACAGUUCUGACUGCUGUGAAUGAGGGUUUAGAAUGUACCAUGAAGACUCUGGUGCAAGGAGAGCUCAGUGCAAGUACUCUUCACAGCUCCCUGCAGACUCUAGCGUCCUUAGUGGAGCUGGAUGAAGUUCUUACUUCGCGAGGCUCACCACAAUUUGAGGAGACAUUAUCGAGGUUUAGGAGUCGUUCCAUCUGGAUGAAGACAGGAAGGUUCGACGAUAUCAGUCAGAUCUUGUCCUGUAGGGGUACGACACUGAGUACCUUGAGUCAGGAGCCACGUUUACAGAGAAUCAUGCAUGUUCAACCAAUCGACACUCGAAUCGUCGAGGUUGAGACUGCACUUCUAUCUUCGACUAUAAACCGCGCUCACGGUGCUUUGCAAGAGUCCUUGUCUUUGGCUACGUCCAUGAUGGACCUGAUCAAGCCUUGCCAUGACGUUGGCGUGAAUCCGGAAGUGGCCAUUCAGUUGGAAGCUGCCAAUGCCAUGUGGGACCAAGGUGAAAUGGGUUCAUCUGUCCGCAUGCUCCAGGCUUUAGACGAUGGACCAUUGCUGAAAAACCAGACGAUUGUCGUGGAGAGAUCGGAUUUGUUGACCAAGACAGGCUAUCGUGUAUCCGUUGCUCGACUCCAAGGAGCCGACAAAGUGAUCAACGAAUAUCUCCGUCCAGCUCUCGAGGAACUCAAUGGACGAACAGAUGGUCACGUUGCUGGGCAGGUUUUUCACCAGUUCGCGACUUUCUGUGAUCAGCAACUCCAAGAUCCAGACAGCAUUGAGGAUCUGGAGAGACUUGAGCAGCUCACUAAGAACAAGGAAAAUGAUGUAGAAGAGUUGCGGAAGCUCUACAAACGUGCAACUGGAGACAAAACCAAUCUCAAACGCAACUUGAAUAGGAACGAGGCAUGGCUCAAACUUGACCGGGAAGAGCUGACUCGCCAUCAGUCAACCAGAAACGAGUUCGUUCGACAGUGUCUCGAAAACUAUCUACUUGCUUUGGCUGCCUUUGAUGAAUAUGAUAGCAAUGCACUGCGCUUCUCUGCGCUAUGGAUGGAGCAUUCUGAGAAGUCUCUCGCAAAUGAAGCUGUGUCGAAGCACUUAGGCCAGGUGCCCAGCCGAAAGUUUGCACCCCUCAUGAACCAACUCACCUCUCGGCUCCAGGAUACGAAAGAACAAUUCCAGAUCCUUCUCUUUGGCCUUGUCUUGCGGAUAUGCAGCGAACAUCCAUACCAUGGAAUGUACCAAGUUUAUACCGGUGCGGUUGGUGAGAUCAAUCAUAGAGAUGAAUCAUCAGUGUCGAGACGAUCUGCAGCAAACAAAAUAUCCAGACAACUUGACAAAUCGAAAUCGGUCAGUCAGAUAUGGACUUCGCUGCAAACUUGCAACAGGCUCUACAGCGCGCUGGCUCGUGAGAUGAACGAGCAGAAAUACAGAUCUGGACGACGUAUUGCUGUAAAGGACUCGAUAGCUGCAACGAACCUCAACAAUAAAUUUGCAAAGUUGGGACUCCCCCCCUCUACGAUGCAAAUACCACUGUCCCCAUUAUGCGAUUACUCAAAAUUGCCUAAAGUAGUUCGCUUGGAUCCAGUCAUCAAGAUCGCAUCGGGCGUUAGCGCCCCCAAGAUUAUCGUUGCAGUUUCAAGUAACGGUGCCAAGUUCACGCAACUCGUGAAAGGGGGCAACGAUGAUCUUCGACAGGACGCUAUCAUGGAGCAAGUGUUUGAGCAAGUGAGCGGCCUUUUGCAAAGAAACAAAUCUACUCGCCAGCGAAAUCUGAGUAUAAAGACAUAUCGUGUCCUGCCUCUCACCAACGAGACAGGAGUGCUAGAAUUUGUCGCCAACACAAUUCCUCUUCAUGAAUACUUGAUCCCAGCGCAUGAAAAGUACCACCCGAAAGAUCUAAAGGCAAAUGCCUGUAGGAAGGCAAUUUCCGAUGUACAAACACAAUCCUUCGACACCCGACUCAAGACCUAUCGUCAAGUUGCAGAGAGGUUCCAUCCUGCCAUGCGAUACUUUUUCACGGAGAGAUUUCCAAAUCCUGACGACUGGUUCCUGAGCAGGCUUGCAUAUACAAGAAGUACUGCCGCCAUCUCGAUGUUGGGACACGUCCUUGGUCUAGGCGAUAGACAUGGUCACAAUAUCUUACUAGACCAAAGAACUGGAGAGGUUGUGCACAUCGAUCUAGGUGUCGCGUUCGAGAUGGGACGUGUUCUCGCCGUGCCGGAGAUAAUACCUUUCCGGUGCACUCGAGACAUUGUCGACGGGAUGGGCAUCACAAAAACCGAAGGCGUAUUUCGCCGAUGCUGCGAAUUCACACUCGAGACACUUCGCAAAGAAAGCUCUACUAUCAUGGCAAUCCUCGAGGUGCUACGGUACGAUCCCCUCUACAGCUGGUCAAUCAACCCGAUUCGCAUGGGGAAAAUCCAAGAGGGCCAAAGCGCGGCACUAGCAGCUGACGUUGGGAAUCCGAAUGAGAAGAAGACUGUCAACGAGCCCGGUGAGGCUGAUCGAGCACUAACAGUCGUGAACAAGAAGCUGUCAAAGACUCUGAGUGUGACGGCAACGGUGAACGAUCUGAUCAAUCAAGCAACAGAUGAAAAGAAUCUCGCCAUGCUUUUCUCAGGCUGGGCUGCAUACGCAUAG